GAAUUUCUAUGACUGUAUCAUCAAGUAUGACGUUUUUAUUUUUGUUUUGACUGCGGAAGUGACAUUUCUACGAAUUUUAUAAAAUUUUACUUGUCCAAUCAGUUAAUAGUGUUCAAUAUGGCUGAUAAGAGAAAAGGAAAAAAACGUAAGGAGGAAUAUGUUCCCCCUGGAGAAGAAGUUGUUGAGAAACCAUCCAAAGAAGAAUAUUCAAUUGCCAAAUGGAUGAGAAAAAAUGUUCCUAUCAAAAAAACUAAAUUUUUGAACUAUGCUGUGGAAUAUUUCACUGGUAAAAAAGCAGUUGAUGGACUACUGGAGUCCAAAUGGGCUCAAGGUGAAGAUGCAUUUUUCAAAUCUCGGGAAGAUGUGGUUGAUUUUCUGCACUUGAUGCUUGAGCAUAAAUUUUAUCAUAGAGCCCGUAAAGUGCCUGUUUCAGAGCAGGAACUGAAGGCAAGAAAAAAGGACAAAAAGAAGGAAGCAACUGAUUCAAGCGAUGAUAAAGAAAAGAAAAAAGAAAAAGAGAAAGUGACAGAUGCUGAAAGCAGUGUUGUAGAGGGCAAGCAAGAACAACAGAUUGAAAAGGAAAAAAGAAAGAAGAAAAUAAGGUUAGAGAUGCAUAAUGACCAGAGAUUUGUGGAUAGUUUGGAUGCUUAUGUGUGGAUAUAUGAGCCAAUACCUUUCCAUUACUGGAUAAUUGGAACUCUAUUUGUUCUAGGAGCUAUAGGUGUUUGCUUAUUCCCCUUAUGGCCACCAUCUGUUAGGUUAGGUGUCUACUACCUGAGUGUAGCUGCUGCAGGUUUCCUGGUAUUCAUUAUUGUCUUAGCUGUAUUACGAGUUAUAAUUUUUUCUCUUAUCUGGAUGUUGACGCUAGGCAAGCAUCACCUAUGGAUUCUUCCAAAUUUGACAGAAGAUGUCGGUUUUUUCGCUUCCUUCUGGCCAUUAUAUAAUUAUGAGUACAAAGGAGGCGAGCAAAAGAGCAAGGAAAAGGCUAAGAAAAAAAAGAAGGAAAAAGACUCAGAUGCAGAAGAAACAUUAGAAAAUAAAGAAUCCAACCCAUCAAAACCUGAAAUUGUGGAAAAUAUACAAGCACAAGAUACUGGUGAUGAAGAUACUGGGUAUCGUUAUUCAAAGCUAAGCGAAGAAGAAAACCGAGAUGGGAGCAAAUCAGAGAGUGAAAGUGAAUCAAGUCAGAGAUCAAGUACUGGAAAGGAUUUUGAGAUGGUAGAUCAACAUGAGUUAGAAUCUUAAUAUGAAUAUUUAUAUUAAUAGCUGAAUAGAUUAAGCUAUGCACUGAACUCUUCAGAAAUCUCUUUCUUUUCAUAUAUUUCUUCUUACAGUUUAUGAAGAAAUAAGAACCUAUUGUUUGAAACACAUCUCAUCUUAUAAGAGGAUUUUCAGGGGUAUCAAAUUGGUUUAAUUCAAUUUACAUAAACUUACUUUUCAUGUAAAUAAUUGAAGAGAAUAAUUUAUUGAAAUAUUUAGUAUAAUUUCUUUAGAAGUGCAUUUAUUUGUUUUUUUUUUUUAAUUAUUGAUAUUUUGAAAUAAAGUGGUGCUACAGAAUAGAAAGGUUAAUAUAAACCCUUUGAUUUAACAAUUUUUCUGAUGGGGUGCAUUUCUACGAGUGAUUAAUUUUGUAUGUAUUUUAAUAUACCGUAUAAUUGUAUAUAAAACUUGAAAAAAAUAUUAAAAUUUUUGAUGUUUCUAUAUCAA